AUGACGAGAAUUCCCAUCGGCUGGGUGAGAUGGCCGAAGUGGUUGGAGCUCAAAUGUACUGACCGGAAGGUCCGUGACUUGGGCAACCUGGAAGUAUCCUACCCCUCAUGCUUCCUGCGGGUGGCAUGGAAGCUAGGCAUCGGAAGGGUGCUACAGCUGAACGAAUUCUCAUCGAAAUACUUUGUUUUUCUUCGAAUAUGUCUAAAAAUUGGCGUGAUUCACGUAGGUUCUAAGAAUGAAACAGCCUGUUGGCUUUUUAAUGUGAACCGACUCACAUUACAUCGUUUACCAGGAUCGACGAAUCUGACGGAUUUUGACGCAAAUUCCAUAUUUAUGCAACAGACCAUCAAUCACGAUAACUUUCCGGAGUGUUACAUGGCCUUCGUCGCACAGUUGGGACCUUUUCUUUCACAUGCUGUGUCAAAAGAGAGCAAAGGUUCGCAUAAUGCAAUCGUUCGUUUGGAGUCAUUGGGUGAGGGAAGUGCCGGCUGGGUGCGACUGAGACAUGAGGCGGCCUGGUGGAGCACAUUCAGUUGCUUGGAAACAUCACAAACGAGAGAUUCAACUGGAUUCCAG